AUGUCUGUCCCUCUACCGGAGUCGUCGCUGAGCGGACAUUGCGCAGCCAUCGACCGCGACACACUUUACGUACUCGACAACGAUGGCGGACUGCAGUCAUUGCCUCUCAAAAAGAACGCUACCUGGACGGAGGAGACGAAGACGGACUACAAAGUGAAAGCGCCGGCCUGUGUCAAGGACGAUGCGGAUGGUGCGCUAUAUGUGAUCGGUGGAGGAUCUGAUGAUGGAACUUUCAUGGGUGUGCAGCGAUAUUUGUUCAAUGACAAAAGGUGGGAAGCCAUAACGCCGCUUGCCGAUGUGUUACAAAAUCGCAUGAACCAUAGCAUCGCCUACCUGGAAGAUUCGCAAUCCAUCUUGAUCUAUGCCGGAGCACCAGAAGACCAACCGGCCGAUCUUUCAUCGCAAACCUUCCUCCUCUCGACACAAUACCCUUACGACAUACAAGGGUACCUUUCAUACGCCCCACCGGCGAAUAAUCCAAUCCUUCAACCCUGGAAUAGCAGCCAUGCGGUCCUCGUUGGCGGCCAGACACUGAGGAAUGAGAUCUGGCUGUUCGGACCAAGCGAAGGAUGGACCAACCUCUCAAUACUACAAGUCUUUGACAUGCACACCUCACCCAACACCGCACAAGGAAUUGUGCUGCUUGGCGAGGGUGGUCGACCCGCACAUACCGGUGAAACGGUUGGUGCUGCUUCAUCAUCAAAUCCGCAAAAACGAGAUCUCUCAAUCUCAAGUUGGCCGACAUACAACAGCACGAACGCACCGACGUCUACAAGGGAGGAUUGCUCAAUUGCGAGAAAUUCCGACGGAGUCAUUGUCAUGGCAGGAGGCAAUGACAACGACCCUCUCAUUAUGUAUGAUCAAAGCGAGAACUCCUGGAUCGACGCAAACAAGUUCUUCAGCUCGAAGCAGCAGCAGCCUCUUCAAGCUAGCUCGACCAGUAAACCGUCUGCCACAGCAACCCCGACAGAAUCGGCAACGCCGUCAUCAACCACAGCCGCUGCCAGUGCAGGUGGCCCAUCUGCUCACGACAAAAUGAUGCGAACUCUUGGCAUUACACUAGGCGUGCUUUGUGGUAUCGCGGCCUUGUUCAUACUAGUGCUUCUGUUCCUGAGAUGGCGAAAGAUGAAGGCGAAGAAGAGGGAUGGCUAUCUUCAAGAGAAGGAUGGCGCUGGUGAGGAUGGUGCUGGGCGGCUAAGCUUUGCGGAUCGGGGUGCAUCGUUCAUGAAAGAAGCCGGACUUUCGUCCCACGAGCUUGCACCGCCGCCCAGGCAGGAUAGGUUCGAUCGCAACAAUGGCUCGCACAGCUCGCUUGCUAUCAUGACCAACAAGUGGGGCAAUGGUGGCAGUCGCACGCGAGGUCAGGAACCGAAGGCUAGCUUUGAGAGUACUGCUCAGCUUGUUAAGGACAAGCAUGGCAACUUCGUCCCGACCGAGAACCACGAGAUGAUGGACAUUGGCGAUAAGGUCCCAGUGCCAAAGUCGAACUUGCCCGUUCCUGGAGGAGUGGCUAGCAGCACUGCGCUCGACAAGGACACAAGGAUCGAGAGGAAAAGAAGCUCAGGCUGGUCGAAGUAUUUCGCUACCAGCCAGCCGACAGGGCCUAAUGGGCUCUCACACUUGCCAGCCGCCUAUGCAAAGCCGAAGACAUUGAGCGCGCAAAGCAUGACCAGCGAUGCCGCCUCGGAAUACUCACAAGAUGAACGACGACCGUCGCAAAUGUCGACAAUACCGUCAUCAGCACUCGUGCCGCCUCUUGACAUCGACUUCAGUAAGACAGUCGAUGGCCAGCGAUUAUCACAUGUGGCUAGGGGCUCUCCCAGAUUUAUGGAUUCGCGGGAGGACUUGUCGAGGACAGGCAGUGCUGGCCAGCAAAGUAGUGCUCAAAAGGGCCAGAUUGUGGAUCCUCGCAGCUCCCAAGCGACCAGUGUUGGCUCAUUCGACAAUCGUUCAACGCUGAGUAGCAAUCUAACGAGCGACUUGUAUAACGAGUCUGCGCAGACAGCCUGGACUCCAAUGAGCGGAGACAUUGUGAACCGGGGACGUGCGACCAGUAGCGUCUACACAAACAGCGUGCACGACCCAGGCCUACGAGUUCCUUCCCGAGGCAAGUCGGCUGGCUUCUUCCCAGGCGCUGGCACCACCUACAAACCUUCCAAGGUCAAGCUCAGCCAUGCUGCCGGACCCACGUCAGAAUGGGCUUCGCCCAAAGCUCAGCAAACAGAAUGGGCACUUCCGCCGAAAGCCCCAGCCCUUACGAACAAGCCUGCAGAGCUGGAUCGCAGUAGUACUGUGACAGUCUUCCCGGGUAUGGACUACCUUACCGCCAAAGGCAACGAGCAAGUAGCGCCCGGCGCGCAGUCAUCAGAACAGCAGCACCCGAACCCGGGCAACACAGAUAUGAGCUGGCUUAAUCUUGGACUGAACAAGACCCCGACGCCGCAGUAG